AUGUCUACUGAUGUAAGUCUCGAAAUGCUCCGCGCAAGUCAUCCCGCACACUCCCCAGCCGCAGCCCCCCAUGAUAAGACUAGCAUGCUAAUGUCGCUUCCAUCUACAGCGCGAAAGGUAUCAUCGUCGAACCUACUACUUUCUCCCCGAUCUAAUCUCGAUGACAGCAAAACUUUCCUCGCCCGGCUCUGCGAGCAGGCUGAGCGCUACGAUGAGAUGGUCAGCUACAUGAAGGAAGUUGCGAACAUUGGCGGUGAGCUCACCGUUGAUGAGCGAAACCUCCUUUCCGUUGCAUACAAGAACGUCGUCGGUACCCGCCGUGCCAGCUGGCGCAUCAUCUCUUCCAUCGAGCAGAAAGAGGAGUCCAAGGGCACUGACAAGCACGUUUCCACCAUCCGCGACUACCGUCAGAAGAUCGAGAGCGAGCUCGAGAAGGUCUGCCAGGAUGUUCUCGACGUGCUCGACCAGGCUCUCAUUCCCAAGGCCGAAUCUGGCGAGUCCAAGGUCUUCUACCACAAGAUGAAGGGUGACUACCACCGCUACCUCGCCGAGUUCGCCUCUGGCGAGAAGCGCAAGACUGCUGCCACUGCUGCUCACGAGGCCUACAAGAACGCUACCGACGUUGCUCAGACCGAGUUGACUCCCACUCACCCCAUCCGCCUCGGCCUGGCCCUGAACUUCUCCGUCUUCUACUACGAGAUCCUCAACUCCCCCGAUCGCGCUUGCCAUCUUGCCAAGCAGGCCUUCGACGAUGCCAUUGCUGAGCUUGACUCGCUGUCCGAAGAGUCCUACCGCGACAGCACCCUCAUCAUGCAGCUGCUCCGUGACAAUCUGACCCUGUGGACUUCGUCGGAUGGUGGCGAUGGCGAAGCUGCAGGUGCUUCAGGCGAGGCCGCCAAGGAGGAGAAGCCAGCUGAGGGUGCCGCUGCUUCUGCUGAGCCCGCUGCCGCCGAGUCGAAGCCCGCCGAGGCUCCUGCCGCCUCCUAA